AUGGGGUUGCUGGCUAGGAUCUUGAUGAUGGUCGCAAGUGGUGUUGGAGUUAUAUGCUGUUUGGCUGCAUUGAUUCAAUAUCGGGAUACAAUAAGCGCCCAGAACAAAACGGACGCAGCCAACGGUGCGAUAGCCUGUCUAUUCAUAUCCCUGUUCAUAUUUGCCGGCGCCCUGAUAUUCCUGCUUAUCACUUUGUGCUGCUCCUGUGGUGAUAUAGUCAUGGGAAUCAUCACGGCCACUGCGGGGGGUGCUGCCGCCAUAUUCGCAGUCAUCGCAUUCGGUUUGGUCAGCAAACCACGAGCCGAUAUUGGACUGAAGGUACCGGAUGUUGGUGAGUGGUUGUUCGGAGGUAUAGCAACCGGUAUCGCAGUGGUCUUGGUCGCCUUGACUAUGGCCGUGGAGUAG